AGACAACCGUCAGAAUGACACCCAGCCUGGCACGCGGCCAGGCGAACUCAUUACAUCAACAGCGAGCUCUUUGAAGUGCUGCAGCAGCUAGUGAGAAGCCAGGCACAGAGAGAGAGAAGCCAAGUAUCCUCAGCCUCUGUUCUCGCCAGGCUUCGUGUGAGCUCUAGAACCGGUGGGUUUGAAUAAGAGCGGAUGUUCCUGCCUCGGCGAGCUGAAUGCCAAACCUGAAUUACCAGCAGUGUGUGUGGCUGAACAGCCAGCCAGGUGACAGUGUGCUGCAGGUUUUUCAGGUACCUGCUUGUCACACACACACACAUAGGCUUGUUAUCAGGGGCAACCGCCCGCACAGCUACUUAAACAGGCGCGUAGGACACUGGUUUUUUGAGAACGAUCCAGUCACUUACAGCUCCAGGUGCCUCCUCAGCCCCUCGCCCAGCGCCCCGUGUGCAGAGGAAAUGGCCACCGAGCAGCCAGUGGGCCCCACGCAGGAGCAGCUGGAGAUCCUGGAGUACAACUUCAGCAAGGUCAACAAGCACCCAGACCCCACCACCCUCUGCCUCAUCGCGGCCGAGGCGGGGCUCUCCGAAGAGCAGACCCUGAAAUGGUUCAAGCAGCGUCUUGCAGAGUGGAGAAAAUCCGAAGGACUCCCUUCAGAGAGUGGAUCCGUUAGAGACUAAGGAAGAUGACUCGCUUUUUCCCUACGCACUGAAAACAACUGAUUUUGCUUUUCCUUCUCGCAAUAGAAUUUAUGAUCCAAAGUAACAUCCUGCUAUUUAACAUGGUGUUUUAUUUAAAGUGUACAUAACCAGAAAAAAAUAAUGAUAUAAAAUUGUAUACAGUUCUUGUAACGUAUUACAAGUGGCUAAGAGGAGAGCAGCUGUACCCUGUGUGGAUUAGAGUUCCAUAUGGCAUAUAAAUGUAAUGUCAGCUGCACAGAGCAGAACCAGUUAAGGACCUCUGAGCAAAGCUACUACGAAAGGGCAGAAUGAUAGUAUGAAAAAUGUCCUUUUCUUCUGAUCCCCGUAUGCACACUCAGUGCCAGCAUUAACAUCCUCUCGGUUCCCGGAACAGAAAACCAGAUGUGUCCUUAACCUGAGCUUCCUCAACUCAACACACAGAGCAUUGAAAGUCACCACAGAGGAGAACUGAGGACGUCCGUAAUUACUAGAUCAUGCCAAGAACCCUUGAUUUUAUCUGAAGUGUGUCUAAUAAAUGUCACUAAAUGAAAAGGAAUAUUUCUCUGACGUAUUAAUAAAAUUAUAACUUUUUGUUAAAAA